GAACUCUGGGUCAUUGAAACGACGACUUUCUUUUCGCGACUUCGCCCGCCCUCACUCAGCAAUGCGACACGUCUGAGAUUCUGCGCCCCUUUCUCAACCUAUGCACUGUCGCUGCAAAUAAACGUAUAUUUCUUUGACGUCGCUCUCUACAUUGCACCAUCACCCAAGCCGUCCUUAGGGACUGUUGCCCAAGAUGUCUGGGACAGAUUACAACUACGAUAGCGAGGCCCAAUUUUUCCCCUACUUCAUCCUCACAGUCACAACACUAGUCACAGUUCCCGCCACGAUCUCCUUCUUCCGGCCAAGUAAAGAGCUCGAGAACACCGGAACACGAAUAGACUCUGAUUUCACACCCGAACAUGCCGACCUCAUCCAAGGACAGCGAAAGAAGCAGAAGCGGGCCGAGAGGAGGAUAAAGCGGGGGAUUCUUAUGCUGAUUGGAUGGGCGCUCAAUGCUCUCAUGGUUUACCUCAUCAUUGUCACGGCGCGGUCUGUAACCAAGAUCUGGGAUCCAUAUGAGGUGCUCGGUGUCUCACGAUCUGCGGACGAGAAAGCGAUCAAGAAGCACUACCGAAAGCUUUCCCUAUUGCUGCAUCCUGACAAAGCCCGUGAGGACCCUGCGAAAAACAUCACAAUACAAUCGAUCAACGACCACUGGGUAGACGUUACCAAGGCAUUCAAGGCCCUCACCGACGAGGAAAUUCGCAACAACUACGUCCAGUAUGGCCACCCAGACGGCAAGCAGAGUUUCAGCAUCGGCAUCGCGCUGCCCAAGUGGAUCGUGACUGAGGGAGCCGGGAAAUACGUUUUACUCAUCUACGCGCUCGCGCUCGGUGUCCUUCUGCCAUAUAUGGUUGGCAAAUGGUGGUACGGGACCCAGAGGUUGACAAAGGAGAAGGUUCUCAUCGCAAGCGCCGGCAAAAUCUUCCGCGAGUAUGAAAACGAACAGGGCGAGACUGGGGUCAUCGGUGCUUUGAGCAGUGGAGAGGAGUUUAAUGAAGUACUGGCCGGCAACAAAGCGGAAAGCGGUCUCUCCAAAUUGGAGCAGAAGGUUCUGUCUGACAGUUCCGACUCGCUGGUUUCGCAGACACUCACCAAGAAGGACCGCCAGAAGUUGGACGACCAAGAAGACAGCCGCAGGCGGAAGGUCUUGACAUUGUUGUGGGCGUACCUUGGCCGAGUUGAGCUUGACGAUGACGCUUUGAACGAUGAAAAGUUUGAGGUUGCUCCUGUUGCUCUCCGACUAAACGAUGCAUACACCGCGAUCGCACUGGCAUACGGUAGUACCAAGGCUGUCCUCGCUGCAUACCACACCUCACAAAGUCUCAUUCAAGCCCUGCGACCAGGCGCUUCUCCGUUGGAACAAUUACCUUAUUUCACACCUGCAGUAGCUACCGCAGCCGAGGCAGAGCGCUCAAGAACACAUUUGACCGUCCAAGAAUUCUUGCACCUUCCUGAAGAACAACGCAAGUCACGCGUGGUUGCACCUGGACUCCUCUCGCCAGAACAAUACAGCACAGCACUGUCGGUAGCCUCGCGUAUUCCUGUUCUUAACGUUGAUGCGGCAUUCUUCAAGGUUGUUGGAGAGCGUUUUGUCACUCCAAGCAGUUUGGUACAAUUCGUUCUCAAGUGCCGAUUCAUCCCAUCAGGCGCAACCAACAUCCCGGAAGCCAACCCGAAGGAUCUUCUUGAUAUUGACCCCGAGGAGGGAGAUAUUGCUGCCCUUACUGGACGUAAGAACGAUCGCUCUGGCGAGAAGCCUAUUCAGCCUCCCCUCGCACAUGCGCCAUACUACGCUCGCGACCAUGCUCCUAGGUGGCAUGUGUUCCUGGCCGAUAGCAAGCAGGGUCGUGUCGCUGUUCCGCCUUUUACAUUCUCGACGUUCGACAAGCCAAUCCUCGAUGAGAGUGGCAACCCUACGUUCGACGUACAGACGCUCAAGAUGCAGUUUGGUGCCCCGCCUCAAGCCGGCAGCUACACCUUUGUCAUGCACAUGAUCUGUGAUAGUUACAUCGGCAUGGACACCAAGAUGGAGGUGACACUUGUCGUUGAGGAUGCCAGCAAAGCGGAGGAGGUGGAAGAGGAUGGCGAGAUCAGCGAACCUGACGAGGAUACCAUUGCAGGUCAGAUGCGCACACUCAAGGGAGACGCGCCACUCAAGAAGCGGAGACAACAUGACGACUCCAGUGACGGAAGCGAUACCGAGGGUGAUGUUGAGUCUGAGAGCGAAACGGAUACCGAUACCGACUCGGAUGAUGAGUAGACUUGCUUCUCGCUAAAUAGAGAAGGUGUCAACGCUUGGGGAUGGAGUUCUCGGGGACUGUACAAUUGACUGGCUGACAGCGUGCGGCAUUUUCAGGCGUUUUGAGCACCGUGGUAUUCUUUUGCGGGUUCGGGGAUUUCAAGACGACUCCAGGCGAGUGACUGGGUAGGGUAGGGUAAAGUAGUGGACAUGGAAUACGUGUGCAUGUUCUUCAGAAGACUGUCCUCGAAUGAAAGUGUGGUAUUCGUUUAAUCACUUGCUUUUUCAAAGCUUAAGCUGCUGCAUACGUUGGCAUGUGGCUUACCUUUCUUGUUUACCAUAACGUAAGGUUUCAAUACUCCCAUUUUCAAAUAAGACUACCUGC